AUGUCCAACCGUCUCAACUACUGUAUGGAGCACAACAACCUCUUCACAGAAAAAACAAUUUGGCUUUCGAACCAAAGAGCUUACAGCAUCUACGAUGCUGUAAGCUCAGUUCGCCAGCAAAAACAGGUGGCCCUAAUUGCGAUGAGAGACGUACACAAGGCCUUCGACAGCCUAUGGCACGAUGACCUGGUGUACAAAUUAGCAGACUUACCAGCCCAAAACUGGACCCUCUUCAGGAUGAUCAGAAAAUUCCUAAAGAACGGACAAGUUACUCCCAGCUUCAAGGCGAAACCGGCAGCAGCCUUCACCCCAACAGCUGGAGUCCCCCAAGACCGUGCCUGA